UUUUUAAUAAUUCGUAACAAUAUUUGACGUGGUUCAACGAUUUUGAGUGGUUUCCAGUUGUACUAAGAAAUCAAAUUGCAAAAGCUAUUUUUUUUUUAAUAUUAUUCUCAAGCUUUCAACCAAAUAAUAAAAAAUAAAUUAAUUUUUUCAAACAUAUUUUCCAAGUCUCGUGUAAAAAGAAAAAAAUAAGGUUUCUUGCCAAAUUAGAAAUGACGGGGUCUCUGGGGACUGGAAGUGGAAGUCGAAGACAAAAACGAAAGCAACGAGGUCAAAAAGUCAAACAGUUAAUACCACUACCACCCCUCUGUAAACGCCUAUUUCAUUAUCUCCAAUUAUUUCUCUCACGGGCUUCUGAAGCUACAUCUUUUGAAGGAUUCUUUAGAGCUUGACUUUACAAGAGGGCGUGCCAUGGCAAAGUUGUGUUUUUGUUGUUUAUGUGGGUGUUUGUGAUUUGUGAAGAUCGCUAGGCAGAUGAAUUACUGGCAUUUUAUUUGGUUAUUGCCUCUUUGGUUGAGGGAUUUAUUGGGUUCUUCUUUUGCCAAAUCCUGAUUGCAUAGAUUCUUCGGCACCCUACCUUCUACAUAGAAAAGGGAAUAAUCGAAAAGGUAUUGCAGAGCCCUAUAUUAACAGUUUUAAUUAAUCUCAGGCUUUUAUGGUGACGAGACUGCUUGGUGUGUGAUAAAGUCAAGUGGGUGUUGACGAUCUGGAACCUGGAAAGAAAGAAACAAGGAUAAUACAGAGUGUGUUUUUAUCAUUCUAAGCUUGUUUUUCAAGUGGAAUUGGCUGCAGAAUAAAGUUGAGGGAGUUUUUAUCACCAUUGUAAUGGAUACGAUUCAGAAUACAGUUUAUUACUGUUGCGUUCAAAGGAGUAACCGGAUUCUGUACACGCAUAGUGGGGGAGACCAUGAAAUUGAGAAUUUGGCUGCUUUGUGCUUGGAAAGGGCUCCCCCAUUCCACAAGUGGUAUUUCCAGACAAUGCAUAAAAGGACUUUUGGGUUUUUGAUGGAAGAUGGUUGUGUUUAUUUCACAAUUGUUGAUGAGGGUCUGGGUAACUCGGGUGUUCUUCAGUUCCUGGAGCAUGUGAGAGAUGAAUUUAAGAAGGUGGCUAGAAAAGGUUCAAGGGGAAGUUUUUCAAGUAUGAACUCAAUUGGCAUGCAAGAACAGCUAGUGCCUGUCAUCCGCCACUUGAUCACCUCGCUGGAGAAUGUUUCUCAAAGCAGGAGUGAUUGGACAGCUGAAACACCUUCAUCACUUCAUGCAGGUCUGUCUCCAUCACCAAGUAAUGCAAAUGGACAAAUUGAAGCUGCUAGUUCUACAAAAGCCCCUUUGUUGAGCAAAUCUAGCAAGCAAGAGAAAAAGAAGGCAAAGGAUCAUGUGAUUGGAAUGAGAGACAUUGAGUUGGACGAGCACCGAAGAUCUACAGAUAGAGGAGUCAAGGCUGAUUUGGAAGCUCUGGAUUCUAAUAACCAAAGUGCAGUAAGUUCCUCGGUCUCAUUACAGAAGGAUUUAGGCUCAAUGAGGGUCAGACCAGGCUCUCAAAGUAUUCGGAAGAAGUGGUGUCGCCAAGUACGAAUUGUUCUUGCCAUUGAUGCAGCUAUCUGUGUAAUACUGUUCGUGAUCUGGUUAUUGAUCUGUCGUGGUAUUGCAUGCCUUCGUUGAAAGAUUUAUCAUUUCUGUGAGACUUUAGAACUAAAGUACGGUUCCAAAUGUAAGCUGGAAUCAUGACUUGGAAGAUUCCAAUCCAAGUUCUUUGAAGAAUAGUUUCUGCAGGGAAUGAAUGAGUGAAAGCCACAUACCAAUUUGUCCAUGAGAUUUAAUGUAUAUCUGAAGGUAUGCCCCUUAAAACUAAAAUUCAAUGGGAUCGGAUCUAGGAAACACACUGUAUAGUGUCAUUGCUUUUGCAUGUGUAUAUGAAAUAUCCAUAAGAUUUUCAAGUUCUUGGUUCUGAGUGAUUCUAUAUUCUGAUUGUUGAUAUAAGAGAUGUUUUGUAAUCUCAGAAUUUGCUUUGUCAAUUACCUUCUUUUUAUUAAUUUUCAUGCAUGGAAGCAUCCUACUUUUCUUU